AUGAUACGGCAAUUAGUGAUGGAAGACAGGAAACCAAUGGAGAGCCCACCGGACUGCAAGGAUCGAGUUACGGAAGCAGGUGGAGAACGCUCUCUCACAACGCUGGGACUACUUGCUCCGGCUGAAAUGGACAUUUAUAGGUCAACAGCGCGCAUGGCUGAUAGUGGGGUAAGACGAAGAUGGUCGGGAAUCCGAGGAAAGAGCACACUCAGACCAACGGUUGAAAGUCGUCACAACCCCAAGGACCUGAUAAGUGAGCCACCUAUUUAG